AUGUCUGCCGAUACAGCAACUCAACCCAUCAAUACAGCAAACGCUGGUAAUGAUGCUGAUCCCAUACCUUUAACCAAGGUUGAUUCUGCAGUUCAAGGAUUAUCGAGUAGUCCUACUGAUGAAAAGAAGACCAUGGGUCAUCGGAGAACAAGUUCAAGUGCUCCUGGCGUAUGGAAUAUUAAUGACUUGGAGAAAGAGGGAAAAGAACUAGAGAUUGCGAAAGAAACCCAAAAGCUGAACUGGCGUAUAAAUAAAUCACCAAUGACUCUUGAUGAUCCAGAAAAGGGUUACCUUAAGAAAUCUCUCACCACACCACCAGUCAAGAAGAUUGAUUUACAUUUCCCACUGGGGUUGGAAGUCACCGCGAGGAACAUGAAGGGUGUUACAAUUAAGGAUGCCGUAGAUGCUAUUUACAAGCAAUUCCGUAAGAAGGCCGAUGACGAACUAGAAACUCCCGUCCUCGCAGGAUUUGAAUGGGAUAAAGAUGAAUCGUGGACUCGUCUCGUUGUUCACUGCAAGAAAGAAGGUGCACCACAACCCAAGAAGAAGAGUAAGAAGGCCGGUAAAGAAGGAGAAGAAUUGUAG